UUUCCCUUGGGAGUAUAUUGUUUCUGCUGAAAACGCAGUUCAUGAACAUCAAGAGUGGAAGAUGGUGAAAACUUUCUGUCUCCUCCCUUAUUUCACAUCAUAAAGGGUCUCAAUGGCCUUGAAUUUAGACGUGUUUGGAGUUGUAAAUGCCAGGCGUGGCCUGCUGUCUGAGGCCGAGGUUGACAUGUCCCGAGUUUCCUCCUCAUCUACCACUAAGCGAAUUGGGAACUAUUCCAGCGCCCUCACCAGCCCACAUUAUGGCUCCUCGUACCCCAGCUACACCCACAGCCUGGGCUCCACUUACACAGACAAGGACAAGCUGCUUUAUAAGUCGGGGUACACCAGCAGCUACAUCCCCCAUGCCAGCUCCGGCCGGCCAGCGAGUAAGUACAGCCUGGAUCCCGACCGCGGCCGUCAGCUCCCUCGUCCUGAGGUGCUGAGCAGACGCAGUGAGAGUUUGAGCCGGGUUCCUCUCAGGGCCUUUCCCAGUGGACUGAGUGGAGGAUAUUGUAGCAGCUACGGUUACAGCACAGGGACUGGUCACUCAGCCUACCCAUCUCCUGGGUUGUCUCUGACCCGCCGGAAGUCCAUCAGCCAGACAGACUUGAACCGAGACCUGCUGAGACUCCGCAUGGCAGACACGUACCAGUUAAACUCAGUGAGGAGCCCCACGCUAAGCCGGAAUGAUGCUGAUCCCCAGCCUGGGGCCUAUAGAAGCAGCAGCAGGAGCGAGAACACUGAUGUUUACUGUGCCAAGGGUUCCGGUGCUUACAGCUUACCACGCAGCAUCACCCAGGAGACCAUAACGGCUUCAUUUAAAAGCACCGACCGCUUCAGCCCAGCUUGGGAGAGGGCCGGCAGUGCCGGAAGCUGUGGAUCACCUGUUCGAGACAUGGCGAAUUCGAAAACCAGCCAGGGUCUAGUAGGGCUUCGGAAUCUGGGCAACACAUGUUUCAUGAACUCCAUCCUGCAGUGUUUGAGCAACACCCGGGAGCUGCGAGAUUAUUGUAUUCAGAACACCUACCGGCGAGAUCUGAACAACCGGAGCCGCACCAACACUGCGCUGAUGGAGGAAUUUGCGAAGCUUCUCCAGGCCCUGUGGACAUCAUCCAACAACGACCCUAUCAGCCCUUCGGAGUUUAAAACACAAAUCCAGAAAUACGCCCCGCGGUUUGUGGGAUACAAUCAACAGGAUGCCCAGGAGUUUCUGCGUUUCUUGCUGGACGGGCUUCACAAUGAAGUGAACAGAGUUUCGGUCCGUUCCAAGGCUACAGCAGAUGACCUGGACCACCUUCUUGAUGAUGAAAAGGGGAGAAGAAUGUGGAAGAAGUACCUGGAGAGAGAGGACAGUCGGAUUGUAGAUCAUUUUGUGGGCCAGUUGAAAAGUUCCCUCACCUGCAGUGAGUGCGGCUACUGCUCCACAGUGUUUGAUCCUUUCUGGGACCUGUCACUGCCCAUCUCGAAGAAGGGUUAUGGGGAAGUUUCGCUGAUGGAUUGUAUAAGACUAUUCACCAAAGAGGACGUUCUGGAUGGAGAUGAAAAGCCGACCUGCUACAGAUGCAAAGCCCGAAGGAAAUGUACCAAGAAAUUCACAAUCCAGAAAUUCCCAAAGAUCCUUGUGCUUCAUUUGAAGCGAUUCUCUGAAGCUCGGAUUCGCACCAGUAAACUGUCUACCUUUGUAAAUUUUCCACUGAAGGAUCUCGACCUUCGAGAGUUCUCUUCUGAGAGCAAUGUUCAUGCAGUUUACAACCUCUAUGCUGUGUCCAACCACUCAGGCACGACCAUGGGCGGUCAUUACACUGCAUACUGCAAGAACCCACAGUCUGCAGAGUGGUACAACUACAAUGACUCCAGAGUAACUCCAAUGUCAUCGAGCCAGAUACGGACAAGUGACGCCUAUGUUUUAUUUUACGAACUCUCCUGUCCUUCCUCUCGGAUAUAACAGUCUCCAGACACAAGACAACAAAGCAGCUUAAACUGUCUUGCAGCAACGGCAACAUUUCUAAGUGAUCAUCUCCACGUAUCCUGGUGGUGCAACAACAAAUCCCUUGACCAGGAGCUCAGCCCACCAGUGACCAGAUUGACUGCACCAGGAAUGAGAGGGGCAAAGGAGGGCGGGCGGGGUGACACAAAGGGCUUUUUUAGAAAUUCAGGGGUCACCAGCCCUGCAGCCAUUGACGGUUUUUCCAAAGUACACCAGCACCUGAUGCAGAGUGAACACAGCUCAGACCAACACCUUGCUGAUGAAAUACUGUCUGCAGCAGUGAGCUAUAGGAGCUGUGGAUUCUGCACCAGCACACCCUCUCUUCUUGGCACUGUCAUGGAGUAUGUUUAUUUUCAGUUGCAGAAUUUUUCUUGCAAGUCUUUUGAAACAUUAAAACCACAGAUUGUUACAGAGAGGGAUAGAGGUGGUCUGUUGCUGUUUCAGAUCCUCCGAAUUACAAACAAGGGAAUCAGGCUCAGGCCAAUUAUUUAAAUGCUUAUUUAUAUUUUUUGGUUUUGUUGCAGUGAGUUGUUUGAAUUCCUGUGACACAUCUGGUUAGAACCAUCACCAUCCAAGGGGUAAAUGUUCCCGUGUACACCCCCCACCCCACAACUGCUGUCUGGAAUGGGGGGAAUUGCCCUGUUUCACUGUCUCCAUGAUGCCUGCAAUAUUUAAGAAAAAUAUUAAAUUAUAUUUAAAAUAAAAACAAAACUCACAUUUAGUAAAUUGCAAGUUCAGAUUUAAGGAACCUGUCCAGCUCUGAACUUAGAUUAGGGUUACCUGGACUGCUCUGCUGUCCUAGAGGGCUGACAGGAGUAACAUUUACUUGCCCAAGUUAAUCUGCUUUAUCUCUUGAGUCCACAGAGUAAAUUCCCUGUGACCCCUGUUUGUUGUGAAACUAUUACCCGAGGUUGAAAAUACUGUGCAGUUAAUAGCCCAGCUUUCUUAAUGGCAUAGACUGUUCCCUUUAUCAAGACAGGAGAAGAGACUCCUGUCUGUUAUCUUAAGUUUAGGUCUCUGUAAUUAGUACAGUGGUAGUAACCUCACUCAGCCCACAACCCUAGUUUUAGUUUGUUUUUUCCCCUUGCGAGAACAGUUUGACCAGAAUAUCCAGAGUCUAUGGAGUCGGUCAGUGGGGUUCAGGUAAUUUGUUUCCAUCUCAGACCUGCGUCUGGCACUCUGGGCAGUGACCAGCAGCGUCAACCAUCCUGUCUGUUUCCAUCCUGUCUUUCUGCCUCCUUCCCCCUACCCCCUCUGUCCUCAUUCCCCAGGGACUUGCAUCUUCCAGACACCGUUUCUCACUUUUUACCUUUUUAAAAGAAUGUGGAGGGGAAAGGAAUUAAAUUUAAAGAAAGAGACACAAAGCUUUGCGGUUUCAGAAGUGAACAAUUCGAUUGCUUAAACAUGAAGUGAACCCGGUCACCCCUGUCGUUCGCCAUCCCCCAACUCCUCUCUGUUACUCUUACUAUAGAAUCCAGCUUGGCUCAGAUAUUCAAUUCUUGGGCAUUAUCAGGACAGCAUUAGACUACUCCAAACUUUUAAACCGAUUCUAACUAUGACAAGGCUAUAUGGGAUGGGCAGUAUACUCGGGAAGCCUGUGAUUCCUCUAAUAACAAACUAUUUCCCAUCAAGAAAACGCCAAUCAGAUCAUAUUUUACAGGACUCAAAUAUUACAACCUUAACAAACUUGCCUAGUGUUAAUUCUGCUCCCAGCUGGUCUGCACCCUGAUAUUGAAAAUGUGACUUUGAUCUGUAGGAUGAGAAAUCACAUGGAAUGCAAGAGAUUAGUUUCAGCUCAAAAGGGUUACAGAGAAUGUGAUUCUGGAGCAUUCCCACCGCCCCCAUCCCCCACCCAGUCCCCCGAUGUCCUGUGAUUGGGUUUAUUUGUAGUUCUCUCUGUGUCUGAGCUGUCACUGGGUGUUUCUGAAAUGCACACACUGCCUAUUUAUUGUGCUUGCUGGCCUUUGUGAGAGCCAGUGACUCCUUUCAUCUUGUCCUUUUAUUGAGGGAGGAGAGUAGGAGAGAAACAGAAACAGGUGAAGACUCCAGCUUCUGUUCAUGGUGACGGUUUAUCCCUCUCGUGUCAAACCCUGACUUUUCUCCACAUUCCUAACUGCCCUACUCCAUAACCGUGUGUCUCUGUACAGGCGAUUGAUCCUCUAACUCGGGCCAUUUGAGGCAGUGCCCUGUCUCCCUGGCCCAGCUGUGUGAAGACUUUUCCUGGGUGAUCUUCUAUCUGGGCCUCUCUCCAGUCCUCCUUGCUCCUUCUGUAUUUCCCUGAAUCAUAUCUGACCGGUGAUACUGCUUUCUCCAGUGCAGUAUAACUACUGUGCUGAUUGGUGACAUGUUCUCCAGAUAACCCCUCCCCAAGAGCAGCCCAGUGGGAAGGGGCUUAUUAAUUACCAACAUGGCAUCAGUAACAUUAACACACACUGUGUCCAUCUGUUACUUUCCCAUCCCCACCCUGGAAACUCUUCAUCCUAUAGGGCUUUUUAAUUUUAUCUUAUUAAAGAAGACUCUAAUUUUACUGUGUUAAUUUUAAACUCUAAUGCAUGGAGACGUGAUGACUGUUCUAUUUUGAUAUGUCGUGGGUUUAUGGAUGUAUCUUGUUUACUGUGUAAACAAGCACUGGAUAUAUUUUAUAUUAUGUACAUUGAGGAGCUGUACAUAAGAAAUUUUAACUAAAUAUAUAUAUAUCUAUAGUAUAUAGAAUAACAGCUGUGUGUAUACACGCGCAGUAUAAAUAUAUAACCUAUGCCUUGGAAUGACAGCCUGGUGAGUGGGCACUAAGCAGGGGUCUUUGAUCUCGGGUACAGUAUGAAUCCUGUUUGGUUUAUUGUUUAAUUUUAAAUGAGGAAUGUUGUUCUUGUAACAAGAUGCUGUCCAGCUGUAGAGGAGGCUGAGAGGCUGCUGUGCUCACAACUCUCAGCACAGAGUUCCCAGCAGAGGGGAUAGUGUGGUGAAAUUUAUUUUAUUUACGUGUAUUUUGUUAAUCUCCCUCACCCUGAUCCCUUUCUUCCCCCAAGUUGAUCAGAGUUGGGGGGAAAAAAGUUUAUUUGUUUCAGACUUUUUCAGUCCUGAUAUUGAGACUGGUCCCCAACUUGUUCUUGUAUCUGAUGUCCUGGUUUCUCAAGGGUGAAAUGAUCAAGGACAGGGCGGGUGGGUAAUGUCUCCUCCCAAUCAUGGUGCAGCUUUGAUAAUGAGGGCAUGCCAGUUAACUCCCUUUGGUCACAUAUCUGGCCUGUCAAACCUGGCAGAGGAAUAAUGACUCUCCUGGAACAUUGCAGAUGGCAAUAUUCUAUCAUAUUAAGCAAGAGGGGUACUUUAAAAAAUGUUUAUGGGGUAUCGGUGUCCCUGGCAAGGCCAGCCCUUGGUACUCAUCCCUGAUUGCCCUUGACAUUCUGAACCACUGCAGUCCAUUUGUUGUAGAUAUACCCACAGCCCUGUUAGGAAAGGAGUUCAGGGAACAUUUACAGACAGUGGGAAAAUUUGUGUUAAAAAAAAAAGUGAGAGUUUGAUUUGUAUCUCUAUUCAAGUACAGCUUAGGCUCUUGAUUGGAAUCUGCCCUCCCCCCCCAGAGAAUUUCUCAGCCUUCAUUCACUUAGCCCUUCCCCAAACGAUAGGGCUCGGAGUCCUGGCACAUUCCAAAACACAGAUAGGGCUGUGGAACUUGCUGCACUAUCCUGGGGAGGGAGGGGUAAGCAGAGGGGUCACAGUGAUGGUCAAACUCUUGCUCUGAAACCAAGCAGAGAGAGGAAGUUCCUUUGCCUAUGGCAGAGUGAGGGAAAAGGAUUGGGGGGUGGGGGGAGGGAAACAGGCUUAGCUGGUCCUUGGCACAGGCUUGGAGCUUGCAGCUGCAGUGAUGCUGGGGAACUGCGAGCACCAGUUACUUAUAUAAAGCUAUGAAACUGAUGCAAAUGACUGGGAGCAGGAGGUUUCUCACUCUGCCCAUACCCCUUAACCAUUGGUAUUACUUUCUUGUACUGUUUUAUUUCAUAUUAACUGGAAUGUUCUGAAAAAAAACAAAUAAUUAAGAAGAAGAUUCUGCAGUUUGUUAUUGCUGUAGUCUGGACUGGCUGCAAAGGUGGAUGUUCAUUGGGUUUAAUGCAGCACUGGCUCACUGAAGGGUGUGAACAUGCACCUUGUUUUUUAAACUCCUUUUGAAAGAAUAAAAGCACUGUGAAUAUUAAA